GCAGAGGGGGUAGGUGGGAGAACGGGUGGUAUUUGUCAGACUGGUUUACCUGCAUUGGGGAGGCACAUAACUUCACUAUCUCGCCACACCCAGAUCUGCAUAUAAAGUAGCACCCAAAAGAUAGAGAGAUGCACAACAGAGCUCAACCGCCGCCCGUCCCCUUCAUCCUCUCCAGCAGUGACAUCUCCACACAGCACGACCAUGAGUCUGAGGAACAAGCGUACCACCCGUCCGGGACUACACCAGUCCGCAGGGGGCUUCAGUAGCAUGUCCAUGGGAUCCUACUCCUACCCCCGGAUAAGCGGUGGGGCCACCUCCGCGGCCCCGAUUACAGCUGUGUCCAUUAACAAGAGCCUGCUCGUCCCACUGAACAUAGACAUCGACCCCACGGUCCAUGCCGUUCGCAACCAGGAAAAAGAAGAGAUCAAGAGUCUCAACAACCGCUUUGUCUCAUUCAUUGAUAAGGUAAGAUACCUGGAACAGCAGAACAAAAUGCUGGAAACCAAGUGGAAGCUGCUGCAGAACCAAACUGAUGCCUCUUCUAACGUUGAGCCCAUGCUGAAGUCCUACAUUGCCAACCUGCAAAGACAGCUGGAGUUCAUCAACAACGACAAACACAGACUUGACAUGGAGAGCAAUGUCAUGCACAAAAAUGUGGACGACUACAAGACAAAGUAUGAAGAUGAGAUAAACAAGAGGAAUGAUGCAGAGAAUGAGUUUGUCAUGCUCAAAAAGGAUGUGGACGCAGGCUAUAUGUCCAAGGUGGAUCUAGACGACAUGGUGUCUGCACUCAGUAAUGAACUCAACUUCCUCAAGGCUGUGUAUGAUGCGGAGCUGUGUGAGCUGCAGGAGAGCCUGAAAGAGACCUCUGUGGUGGUGCAGAUGGACAACUCUCGUGGCCUGGACAUGGAUCAGAUCGUGUCUGAGGUUAAGGCUCAGUAUGAGGACAUUGCCGCUCGCAGCCGUGCAGAAGCUGAAAGCUGGCACAAGGAAAAGUUUAACCAGAUGAGUGCUCAGGCAGACCAGUAUGGCAAUGAGCUGCACAGCACCAAGGCUGAAAUAUCUGAGCUCAACCGAAUGAUCAGCCGCCUGCAGAAUGAGAUCCAGUCUGCAAAGGCACAGCGUAACAACCUUGAGGGCCAGAUAGUUGAGGCGGAGAAGCGCGGGGAGGAGGCCGUGCAGGAUGCCAGGGCUCGCAUCAGGGACCUGGAGGUGGCUCUGCAGAGGGCCAAGCAGGACAUGGCUCGCCAGCUCAGGGAGUACCAGGAGCUCAUGAAUGUCAAGCUGGCCCUGGACAUAGAGAUCUCCACCUACAGGAAACUGCUGGAAGGAGAGGAGGAAAGAAUUGGACAAGACUCUAUUGUCAAUAUCCAAACAGUGCCCACCAAAACUGUCCCGGCUAACAACUAUCAGCAGCGGAGGUCACCUGCAAUUCUCAUCAAGACAGUGGAGACCCAUGACAGAACAUACUAAAUCACUAAAUCAGAAACAAAAACACUGCAGUACUCUAAUCUGUUGGACCGCU